AUGGUGAUAGAUAGUGAUGGCGUAGUGUAUCAUACGUGUACUUGUUGCGGUCAGCUUUGCGGCGAGGAGAUUCAGCAGCCACGUAGCCAAGAUAUAAGAACGAUGUUAGCUAAAGUGAAUUCAUUUUGGAUAGUCAGCGACAUCUCCGCAUGGAACAAGCAUAAAUUAUCAGCUUACUAUGCGCCUCGAAAUGUAUUCAUUUUUAUGGAAACUCACUCAAGAUCAUUUUUAAAUGCUAGAAGAGCUCAAGAAGCUCGAUAUUUGGCUUGCUUGAGAAGAGAUUAUCAAAAUAUACAAACUCAGGCGAAAAAUAUACUACACGUGCAUUAUUUGAUCAAAAAGAUUGCUGCCGCUCAUUCGGUACGAAUACGACUGGAUGAUCUGAGAUCGAUGGAUCCUGGGUUGUCAACCCAGGAAACACGAAGUUCAAAUGGUAGUUAA